UGAGACGAAACCUGAAUAACCAAUGAACGCUUACGUCGAUUACAGAAAGUUGGCGUACAAUGCAUUGUGAAACCAUGGAGGAAUUAUCCGAAAAGCUAUAAACAAAUAUCCUCUAUGUUUUGAAAAAAGUGUGUGGUCGUUCGUACGAAGAUGAAGGUGGUCAAUCUGAAGCAAGCCAUUCUGCAGGCUUGGAAGGAGCGUUGGAGUGACUACCAGUGGGCUAUUAACAUCAAGAAAAACUUUCCAAAGGGAGCCACAUGGGAUUACCUUAACCUUGCGGAGGCCCUGUUGGAGCAGGCGAUGAUUGGUCCUUCACCUAACCCGCUUAUUUUGUCUUACCUCAAAUAUGCUAUAAGCUCCCAGAUGGUGUCUUAUUCCAGUGUGCUUACAGCUAUCAGCAAGUUUGAAGAUUUUUCUCGGGAGCUGUGUGUCAAGUCGCUUUUGGAGAUAAUGGAUAUGUUCUGUCAUUGUCUCAGCUGUCACGGGAAAGCAGAAGAAUGUAUGGGGCUGUGUCGAGCCCUACUGGGAGUGGUGGUGUGGCUGCUGCAGGGCUGUGCCUGGUACUGUGAGAGGCUGAGGGAACUCGGCCCAUCAGCCAGCACAGAGGCUAGUCUGAAAGCCUGCCAGGAGAGGCUACACAGUCUGAUGAACAGCACCAAGAACCAAGCCCUGGUUCACAUUGCUCGGCUGGAGGACCAAGGUUCCUGGGGCAGCAUAGAGCAGGCAGUGCUAAAAGUGACAGAUGGCAUCAGCAGUGUACCUAAACAAACAUUGAGGACUAAUUUAGAGGAGAGCUUGUCACUAGUAAAAGGUAUCCCUUUGAUGCUGUCUGUACAGAGUGACCCUCCACCCAGUGCCUCCUUCCCGUCUGUCCACGCCUUUAUUAUGCUGGAAGGCACCAUGAAUCUGACAGGAGAGACACAACCAUUGGUGGAACAGCUGAUGAUGAUCAAGAGAAUGCAGCAAAUUCCUGCUCCUCUUUUUGUCCUGGAGAUCUGGAAGGCCUGCUUCACUGGCCUCAUUGAGUCACCAGAGGGCACAGAGGAGCUCAAAUGGACUGCUUUCACAUUCCUCAAGAUCCCACAAGUAUUGCUCCGACUAAAGAAGUAUCCUCAAAGUGACAAAGGACAGGACUUCAUGGAGGAAGUGAAUAUUGCAUUUCAGUACUUACUGAAGCUCACACCACUGUUGGACAAAGCUGAUCAGAGAUGCAACUGUGACUGCCUUGGCAUGCUGCUGCAAGAGUGUAACAAGAUUGGUCUGCUAUCAGAUUCGAAUACCACCAGCCUCACUUCAAAACGGGCUGAGGACAGGGAGUUUGCCCCAAGGCUGAAAACUGCAGAAAAUGCUAACAUCCAGCCUAACCCAGGUCUCAUCCUGAGAGCUGAGCCCACUGUCACCAACAUUCUCAAGACUGUAGAUGCAGACCACUCCAAGUCUCCCGAGGGCCUUCUAGGGGUCCUGGGACACAUGUUGUCUGGGAAGAGCCUGGACCUCCUCCUAGCAGCAGCAGCAGCCACUGGGAAACUGAAAUCCUUUGCACGGAAGUUCAUUAAGCUUAAUGAGUUUCCCAAGCACAUCAUUGGCGAAGGAUCCAAGUCUGCAUCAGUACGGGCCCUACUCUUCGAUAUCUCUUUCCUCAUGCUCUGCCAUGUGGUGCAGACAUACGGUUCUGAGGUGAUCCUGUCAGACCCCAGUCCUUCAGGAGAGACACCCUUCUUUGAAACAUGGCUGCAGACAUGUAUGCCUGAAGAAGGCAAGACUCUGAACCCAGAUCACCCCUGCUUCAGACCUGAACCUGGCAAAGUGGAGAGUCUGGUCACUUUGCUGAACAGCUCCUCAGAAAUGAAACUUGUUCAGGUGAAAUGGCAUGAAAUCUGCCUCAGCACUCCAGCAGCUAUCUUAGAGGUUCUGAAUGCGUGGGAGAAUGGUGUUCUUUCUGUGGAGGCAGUCCAGAAGAUCACUGACAACAUCAAGGGUAAAGUGUGCAGCAUGGCCGUCUGUGCAGUGGCCUGGUUGGUGGCUCACGUCAGGAUGCUGGGGCGGGAUGAGAGGGAGAAGCCUCAGACAAUGAUCCGCCAGCUUGUGACCCCACUGUAUGGGGAGAACACUCUGCAGUUUUACAAUGAACGUGUGAUCAUCAUGAGCUCCAUCAUGGAACACAUGUGCGCAGAUGUCUUCCCACAAACGGGCGCGAACCUGCGCCCCCCAGAGGAGGGCCAGGAUCCUAUCCCAUACCGCAACCUCCUGCCAACCAAGGAACCCAUUCACAAGGCCCUCAGCAAGCAGUUCCAGGCUGUGCUACGCAAAGGCUGGGUGGACAGCCGGGCCCUGCAUCUGUUUGAGAGUCUUCUCAACAUGGGAGGGGUCUUCUGGUUCACCAACAAUUUGGUGAAGGAGCUGCUGAAGGAGACUCGACAGGAGUGGGCCAAUCGGGUGGUGCAGUUACUCUACAGCAUCUUCUGCCUUGACAUUCAGCAGAUCAGCCUCACCCUGCUGGGCACCAUUCUGCCUAACCUGCUCACAGACUCCGCCCACUGGCACAGGCUAGCAGACCCACCUGGAAAGGCACUGGCCAAGUUAUCUGUGUGGUGUGCCCUCAGCUCUUACUCCUCUCACCACAAAGGCUCAUUCUCAGCUCGUCAACGCAGAAGGCAGCGAGAAGACAUUGAGGUAACAUCCACCUAAGACCAUAGACUUACUGUGU